UCAAGCAUAGAUGUCAUCACCCACUCAGUAGAGGGUUUUUUAUGUGGUAGUGGAGUUUGGCCAUGAGUGUGAGAGUGGAUGGCUGUUUGACUCUAUGUGAUGAACUGACGACCUGUGUAGGAUAAAGUGGUAGAAGAUGGAUGGAUGAUGGAUGGAUGGAUAGAUGGACGGACACCAGUGUGAUUGGCAGCUGUAUCCUCCAAUAAGAGCCUGGUGGCAGUUGACGUCUGUGGAUUAAACACUUCACAAUGGGAGUUGAUUUGGCAACAGUAGCUAUAACAAGCUAAAGAGCUUAUUUUGGUCUGGUCAUCCUCGGGGUAUCCUCUUCUUCCUUUUUCCUUGAACACCUCGCCUCUUGUCGUCAGUCAUGUCAACAUUUCUGAUCAAGAGAUGGGGAAAAAAACUUGCACUGUUCUCCACAGCUCUAUGAUCAGUGUCUGCAGAGGAAGUUCAGCUUGUAUUCCAUCAUAUUACCAGGCGGGAACUGAGUGCUGUCCGAAGUGUUCACCUGGAGAGUAUGUAAGAGCAGACUGUUCGGAUGAAUCCAGCACUAAGUGUAAUCCCUGUGAAGACGGAACCUUCAACGAUGUUUUCAGUGGACUCAAACGUUGCUUGAACUGCACAAGCUGUGCUCCAGGAACAGCGUUGACAGACACAGUUUGCGCUGACUGCAGUGCCGGGACAUUUUCAGAUGGGACGUUCACCACUUGUCGGCCGCACACGCAUCUACAAACACCUGUGGCUGGAGUCACCGUGGACGCUGGAGUCACCGUGGACGCUGGAGUCACCGUGGGCGCUGGAGUCACCGUUGAUGCCAAAGUUGCAGUAAUAUUUGUGAUUGCUGUCUUGCAGCAGGUUUUAAACUGACGGACAAAACAUUUUUCACAAAGACUUUUGUGAAAAAGCCACAGUGAUAAUACUUUACACACAGUCAAGGUGGCAUUUCAGGGCAGCUGAUGUUUUUUAUUCAUCAUCUCCUCAAACAAAAGUACGAACAAAACACUUUCUCACAGAACCAAUCUGAUGGCAUAAACAUAAAAGAAUAUAGACAAAUACAGUGCUUAAAAAAAUGUAUUAGGCCACCACCCAAAAGCCACAGCUGCCCUAAAUUAGCAGCACUUGUAAUUAUCAAAAUAACCUUUUAUGUUUCCGUUUUCCUACUUUUAAUGCUAAAACGUAAUCAUUGUUACCCAUGGACUUUAAAAUGUACUGUUUCACAAAUAACAACCCAGAAGAAAUAGUAUUUCUUGAUUAAGGCGUCAAAUGAGUUAUUUGCUUCAGAUCCUGAAGAGAAAAAUGAGUUUUACUGUUUGAAUGUUAUAAUCUCACAGAGAAGAAGGCCCAGUGAGCCGUCUCAAAACAAAAAGGUUUCCUGUUUUCCUUUCACAGUCCACUCUUUCACUUCCUUUAUCCUGAAAAUGAUAGCUAAUGCUGACCACACCAAGCCUCAAACACUUUCACUUACAGUAUCAUUGUCCAAUAGUCUAAUAUUACCAUGGUGUAUGUGCAAAAUGUGCAUGUUCACACUUCCUUAUUUAACCAUUAAAAAUCUCACUGUUUUAAGUUUGUGCUGACACCUAAAACAACAACAAAGUGACUUCAACUUCUACCAAAAGAAGAUUAAGAUGUGUGAAGACUGUAGGCCGGACAAAAGUUCUACCUAAAAGUUAAAGUUUUAAAGGGGAAAACAAAAAAAACAGAAAGUGUCAAGCAGGACCAAAAGUGUUCAAAAUAGUAAUAACAAAGAAACAGCGGAAGAAAAUGAAGCCUAAAUAUGGGAAGGAAAAACUGUCCCCUCAUGGACUGAUCUAUUUUAUAAGGACUUUUUGGAAAACAAUCCUGAAACAGGUGCAGUAUGUGGACCCACAUGCAGCACAAUACAGCGCAGGACAGUUAGGAACAGUCUUUAUUAGAACCACAGCAUGUGAAGGCACUCGUUGACAGAGCUCACCAGACAGUCUAUGGAACAGGCAGACAGAAACCUGAGACACUGCUGAGGCAGAACUGUGGUCGCAGACAGAAGGCUGAGGUUCAGGGUUCAGGGUUCAGGGUUCAAAAGUCAAUCCAGAAACAAACACUGGAGAGUCUUGCAUGAGGACUAAGAACAAUGUGGCAAAGUAGUGAGUGAGGAGCUGGAGAAUACAGGGAGGACUGCAGGAGAUGAGGAGCAGCUGUGAUCACAGGUGAGUGGUGUUGGCUUGAUGAGGAGGUGUGUCUUGGCAGAUAGAGUGGGGAGGAGUCAGGUGAGUAGAAAACUGUGACAAACCCACGCUCACUCACACUCAUAUUCAAAUAUCAGCACGUUAAGAAGAGUCACAGCCGUAAACAGAAUUGUCAAUUUUGUCUGUGUCUCAGCACAAUGUUCAUUUGAUGGAUGCAAAGCUGAGAAAACAAGAACCGAAAUCAGCAGAUUUGGGGAAGUUACACAGCACAAAAAUGAAAGAAGAUGUAGACCAGCGAAGGGCUCCACAAUGACAUAAAGCUUGAGCUCACGUUGACUUAAAAAGUCAUGCGUCAUCAACAAAUAGAUCCUUUUGCUAAUUCAUUUACACACAGACACUGGAAUAAAGAUUUUGGCUGCAACACAUCUAUCUUGAUGCCACAGGUCAUGUGGUAGAGAAAAUACCUGAACUAAACAAACAAGUAUUGUACUAUGCUCUAGUUUUGCCCCUUUGACCCCUCUCAGUAGUCGCUGACUCGCUCUUCUCGUGACAGGCCUGCGUUUGAGCUGUGGUUUGGUCAAACACUCCAUCCUGCAGAAGAAAAAGUACCUGAGACCAUGCAGAGUUCAUUUCUAAAAUGUUUUCCUCAUCAGAGAGAAGAUAUUUACUGUAGAGCACAUUGACCGACAUGAUCUGCCAGUGCAGAGCCUGGAUGAGAAACGAGAUAGCUCUGCUGGUCACUCCAAGUCCAGAUCAAAUGGAUUUCAGUCCAACUCAAAACCAAAACCCAAAUGUCUACAUUCAAGAUUCAAGAUUCUUUAUUGUUAUUAUGCAAGCAUAACAACAUUUCCUCCUGAGACUCUCAGCACACAUUAAAAUGUCAUAAAUAGAUAAAAGCACUUAUAGAACAAUAAAAAAGUAGCGUUGCCCGGGUGGGUGGGGUCUGUUGCUAUCCGUCUGGCCCUCCUCUGGAGUCGUGCGGUGUAAACAGAGUCCAGAUCAGGUAGACGGCGGCCCACAAUCCCCUGUGCAGUUCUCACCACCCGGACUAAGU